AUGGCUACUAUGGCAGCCAACAUGAGGGAUAUAACCAACCAAAACUUGGCCAUGAUGCAAGGCCAAGGAGGUUUCCCCAUUCCUCCAUAUGCCCCCCAUGGGCACUAUCAGCAAGAGGAUGAGGUCCAAAGUCAUAGGGCUGCUUCGCCAGACUAUGGCCGAGGUGAAAGUCCAUUCGAAAGGGAAGUGGGAGUUGACAUUUCCUCCAAUUAUGCAUCUGGCCGACCCUCCGAGGUCCAAAUGAGCCAUGAUAACUUUCCACCUCCGUAUGAGGAAAACCCAAGACAGAGGAGAGCAGGAAGUGUUUUUGACAGAAUCAGCCCUGCUGAACCAAGGCCCAGUCAACAGCAGGCUCAGCAGCCUCGGACGAGGCCACAGCCUCCACCUCCGAUGCCCCAACAGCCGGAGAGAAGGCAUGAAAAUGCCCCACGCGCUGUCUCGCCUAGAAGUAGGCCGCAAAGGAGGGAGGAAGAAGCUAGGAACCGGCCAGGACCCUCUCACCAACAACCUAGGUACGAGGCUGAAGAUUACGAUUCUGAUGAGCAGCAGAGGAAUAGGGCAAGCAGGGGCCUCCCACCUCCACUGAGACAGCGAGGUAGGGGGCCGACCUCCCACCUUAUGGACUACCAGAUGAACCGAUCUGGAAAUGAGAACUCUGGCCAAGCCCUGGCCACCACAACUCUGAACGCGGUACCAACCUUGGCGUAUGAGGAUGUCAACCCAACCGCUGACCCAUAUCAGAUACAGGCCCAGCAGGGACCCCGUAGAAGGGGAGGCCGAGGUCGAGGUCGGGGUUUUGCACCUAGAAAUAGGUCCAAUCCGAACCUCCCUGGAUACUGUUUGCACCAUAGGUCCUACGGGCACGACACCGUGGAUUGCAGAGACUAUGCACACUUCUCGCGGCAGGAACCCGCCAGGGAAAGACAUAACUCGCCCCAGGCCAACAGGCCCCCGCCCAGGGCGACCAGAGAGGUUCGCGAGAGUGCUAUCUGA